GGAGAGCUUGGCGUACACCCAACUCAGCAGCCGAGCCCAGGGCAAGUAUGAAGAAACCAGCAUCCGUACUGAUAUCAGCACCGACACCAGCACCGGUACCGGAAUCAGCUUCACACUCUCGGGGGACUGGGAAAUGACCAGGCUGCUGGACAGCAUUUUGGGAUCGGACAAACAAGACAUGAUGAACUACAUGGGCCAGAGGAAGGAGGUGCAGAUUGGAGCCCUGCAGUCAGACAGACCCAGGUGGGGUCAGACCAUGUCCUGGGGCAGAACAGAGUCCCAGAGCUUCAUGAAAGAAAUCUCUCCUCGGAAAGCAGAAUCCAGUCCUGUGAGCCAGAGCGCUGGGGAUGGCUGGGCAAAGCAUCAGAUGGAGAGCAGUUAUUUCUCUCUGGAACGCCGGAAAUCUGACCCCACCUGGGUCUCCUCCCCUCCACGAGCCAGCCCCAGCACCUUGCCAACACACAGUGACCCAGUAAGGACUGGCAGGCAUCUCAUUUCCUCCAUCAGUUCACUAGACUCUGACUUACCUGGGUGCACGAGGCGCGGCGGCGAGGGGCGACACUCCUUGGUGCGGCAGGAAUACACGGUGUUGGCUGAUCUGCCCAAGCCCAAGCGGAUCAGUCACAGGGAGGCAUUUGAACAUGAACGCAGCAGCUCCCGCACUCGGAGCCCGGGCCGGGCAGAGGUGGAGCGGAUCUUUGGAUAUGAGCGCAGGAAGUCCGAGACGCUGGAGGUGUUCCAGGCCCUGGAGGACGGCCUCUUGGACCGGCUGGAUGGCAAGACCCCACUGCUGACCAAAGAAGGGCGAUUAGGCAGGAGGCAGUCCAGCCCCACCCUGUACAGAGAGGGGAACAAGAGGCUCCCACAGCAGCCGGAGCAGCCCGGCAAACGCCGAGGAGAGGCCCUGCGCUCAGUGAGCCCAGCUCGGAGAUCGGAGAGAGACUGGAGGAGUCGAGUGGACUCCAUGUGCCACAUGAGUACAGACAAGUGCAUGGACAGAGAAAGGGUGCCGCCUCAGCCCUCGAAUCCUGGAAAACACACAGGUAGUAACUGGAAAAGCCAGAGGGAUUCCCUGCACCCCACAAACCCCGGGAAGAGCUCAGAUAACAGUUGGACUGGCCGAGGGGGGCACCUGCGCUCCUGGAGUCCUGGGAAGUGCACAGAGAGCAACUGGAAAAACCCAAAGGAGACCCACCCUGUGAGUCUAGAGACAAGCACUGAGAGAAAGUGGAAGGAUGCAAAAGAGCCCCUGCACCCUGUGAGUGCUGGAAAACGUACGAGUGAGCGACAGAGCCUAGAGGAGAAACCCCACCUUGUGAGUCCGGGGAAAUGCACAGAGCGUGAUCAGAAGGGCCGGGGCAAAUCACUGCACCCCGUGAGUCCAACCAGGCAGCCAGAGAGGGACUGGAGGAGCCAGGCAGAGACCCUGCGCCCCAGGAGUUCAUCUGGGAAGCUGGAGAGGGACUGGAGGAGCCAGGCAGAGACCCUGCGCCCCAGGAGUCCAACCAGGCAGCCAGAGAGGGACUGGAGGAGCCAGGCAGAGACCCUGCGCUCUAGGAGUCCAUCCGGGAAGCCAGAGAGGGACUGGAGGAGCCAGGCAGAGACCCUGCGCCCCAGGAGUUCAUCCGGGAAGCCAGAGAGGGACUGGAGGAGCCAGGCAGAGACCCUGCGCUCCAGGAGUCCAACCAGGCAGCUGGAGAGAGACUGGAGGAGCCAGGCAGAGACCCUGUGCUCCAGGAGUCAAACUCAAAGAUCAGAAGACAACUGGAAAACCCAAGAGGAGUGCUUGUGCCACAUGAAUCCAAUGCAACAGCUGGAAAGGGACUGGAGAAGCCAAGGAAAAUGUCUGUACUCAGUGAGCUCAGGGCACCAGCCAGAGACCACUUGGAAAAGCCCUGUGAGUCCAAGUCAAUGGUUAGAGAGUGACUGGAAGAGCCAUGAGCAGUCCCUAGACCUAAGCUCAGAGAAGCAAUUGGAGAAUGACAGGGGCAAAGAGGAGACCCUAUUGCAUCAACCGGAUCUCCUCAAUUUCAAGAAGGGAUGGAUGUCCAUACUGGAUGAGCCGGGAGAGUGGAAGAAACACUGGUUUGUGCUGACGGACUCGAGCCUGAGAUAUUACAGGGACUCCAACGCUGAGGAGGCUGAUGAGCUGGAUGGUGAGAUUGACCUGCGCUCCUGCACAGAAGUGACGGAAUAUGCCGUGCAACGCAACUAUGGCUUCCAGAUACACACGAAGGACGCCACAUUCACCUUGUCAGCAAUGACCUCGGGGAUCCGGCGAAACUGGAUUGAGGCUCUGAGGAAGAACGUGCGCCCGGUCAGCGCACCGGAUGUCACAAAGCUAUCUGAUUGCAAUAAGGAAAACUCCUUCCGCAGCUGCGUCCCCCAGAAAGGCUCCCUAAGGUCAGAGGAGCAGUGGCCGGGCUUGGGGUCAGAGGUUAUUUCCAAGGGCAGUAACCGGAAGGUGGACGGGCCGCGCCACACCUUUGACUACGUGGAGCUGUCCCCCUUGAAUCAGGGGUCCCCGCAGCGGACGAGAGGCAGUUUGAGGGGGAUCUCUGACCGAGUCACCAAGCACGAGGACCUGGAACGGGACCUAGCCCUCCGCUCUGAGGAGAGGCGGAAGUGGUUUGAGGCUCCUGACACAGGGGUCCUGCAGGGCGACGGCCCAGCAGGGGCCCUCUGCUGGAAAGCAUGUGAGCAGGAGCUGCUGGGGCCCGCCCUGUCAGAGGACCAGCGCAGUCGGCUGAGUGAAGAGAUUGAGAAGAAAUGGCUGGAGCUGGAACGGCUGCCCCUGAAGGAGUCUAAGCGCCUUCCUCUGACUGCGCUGCUGAACCAGAGCAAGGGGGGCCAUGGAGACACGAGGGAGGCGCUGGAGAAAGAGGUCCAGUCCCUGAGGGCACAGCUGGAGUCCUGGCGUGCCCGGGGAGAGAGCCUUCGUGACACAGGAAAAUCCCAUGGAGAUGGCCACAUGCCCCAGGGAUUCAUCUCCCAGGAGGCAUGUGAGCGCAGCUUGGCAGAGAUGGAAUCUCUUCACCAGCAGGUCAUGACCGAGCUCCAGCGGCACCAUCAGCGGGAGCUGGAGCGGCUGCGGCAGGAGAAGGAGCGUCUCCUGGCUGAGGAGGCUGCGGCCACAGCUGCAGCAAUCGAAGCGCUGAAGAAGGUGCACAAGGAGGAGCUGACUAGGGAGCUGGGCAGGACACGCAGUUUCCAGCAGAGUGGGUCAGGCUCAGAGGCCCUCCGGAGACAGCACCAGUUGGAUGUGGACUCUCUGAAGCGGGAGCUGCAGGUUCUCUCCGAGCAAUACUCCCAGAAGUGCCUGGAAAUCGGUGACCUCACAGAGAAAGCAGAAGAGCGGGAGCAGAUGCUGCAGCGCUGCCAACAGGAGGGGAAGGAGCUGCUCCGGCAGAACCAGGAGCUGCAGACAUGCCUGUCCGAAGAGAUCCAGAGGUUACGGACCUUCAUCACCUCGCAGGGCACAGGGGAUGGGGCCUUGCACAACGGCGAGAGGAGCUCCUGUGAGCUCGAGGUGCUGCUUCGAGUGAAGGAGAAUGAACUCCGGUACCUGAAGAAAGAAGUUCAGUGUCUUAAGGAUGAGCUCCAGAUGAUGCAAAAGGAUAAGAGAUUUGCCUCAGGGAAGUACCAGGACGUCUAUGUGGAGCUGAACAACAUCAAGCUGCGCUCGGAGCGGGAGAUCGAGCAGCUGAAGGAGCACCUACGCCUGGCCAUGGCAGCGCUGCAGGAGAAGGAGACACUGCGGAACAGCAUCAGCGAGUAGAGGUUUGUUUUGCUUGAUUCCUCACUUGUGGGGAGGUGGUGGCUGCAUCCCAUCCAUUGACACCCCCUCGAGGAAACCAGCUCCCAUGUCUUUCACCAAUCCCCAUCCCAUGCGCCUGCGUAUCUGAGCACAUCGUUUGGACUGACUCCUACGUGCACCUUCUUCAGGAUUUUAUAUGUGAAAAAAUAUAUUUUAUAGAUACUUCACUUUUUUUUGUUUUGUGGGUGGGGAAUAUUUUAAAUCUACAAUAUCUUUUAACCAGCAGCUGAAGACCGAAGAAACACAGCUGUUGCUCCUGCCUCGAGUGCUCCUUGUGGGGUGCGUCUAUGGGGUCGUGAGUGGCCUUCUCCCCACUCCUCCAGCCUGCUUGGAUGUGCUGGAAGGACAAUGCACCGAGACAGACGGUGGCUAGCCAUACGAGAGAACCAAUGUCCUGCACACGUUCCCCUGGAUCCCUGAAAGCAGAGAUGUUGGACAGAGCGUGCUCAAGUUGUUGGGGACUGUGCUCUCACUCUGUGGACUGUAUUGAAGGGAGGUUUCGGUACCCGUGGGCCAUGUCUCUGUCCCAGGGCAAGGCCAGUCCCCUGGAGGUUUUGGAAGAGCCUGCCUCUUGCUAACACACUCCUGAGGAAGAGCCGGGGGACUCUGCACGCGCCACUGCUGCAUCCGCCGGAGCCAAACAAUGAAGGCGGCGGCUGCCCUUCCGCACAGUUAAUAGUUUAACUUAAUAAAAUCUUCAGCUAUCUGA